AUCAGUUUUUGCUGGGUAGAGGAAUAUUGUGUGGAUUCUUCAAAGGAACCAAGAGAAACAGCAAGAAUGAGUUCCAGGCAUCGUCCAUUGCACACAUGUGGAGCUUCAACACUGGCGAUUGCUCAUAGUGCUUCCGAAAAAGCUCAAUCUUUUAAUGGCCCAAUAGGUUCAACGACAAGAAGGGUAGCCAAAUUGGCCAGUCCACUAGCGCGUGUGAUGCAAUAUCAAUGGCUAGCAAUCCUCUCCUUUGCCGAUGAUUGCAUCCUAGCCGUUGAAAACGUUGUGGAGAAAAUGUUUCCCCCAUCAACCUAUGUAUUCAACAGGAUUGACAACCUUGUCCAGAUCAUAGAAACUUUCCCAGCAAAGUUUGAUGAUGCUUUGGACAAAGCUCCUGAGAUUGUCCACCAAGUUGUCUUUUUUAUGAUCACUACAUUGACUCACUGGGAAUCAGGAAGUGCAAGGGAAAAGGAUAUUAUGGUUGAUGAAGCACACGGCCAGGCUGCAGAAACGCCACAAGCUGAGCCUGGGACAGACAGCAUGACAGUUGAUUCAGGCACAUACGAGGAGGAACAAGAGAAGGGGACAGAGGAAAAAAACAUGGAAAAGGAAUCAAGGGAGGAAGAAGAUCAAGAAGUUGAAAAGAUGAAGGAGAGUAGUGAGGAAACCAAAGUGGGCAAGGAAGAAGCUGGGAAAGGAGAGGAAAAUGCAGAUAAAAGCAAAAAGGAUCCAAUUCUAGAAUUAUUCGAGUCCGGAUGGCUGAUGAACCCUGCAAAAGGGUAGAAA